UAUUAAGCUUCUCUUAUCGUUAUCUAGUGCCGCUUGAGUGAACCUAAUUUUGCCCAACAACCCCGCUACGAUGAUCCGUUCAAGGGCGUGUCCGAGACGGUUGGUUCACUUUUGAAAACUUAUUACAUCGAUAUUUUCUUAUGGUUUACCUUCUUUUCUACUACCUAAUAAUCUCUCUCUUUUCUCUUCAACUUCAAACCACAAUCUCCUCUGGAACCAUCAAAUCUCCUCUGCGACUUUCACCAUCACCUUCCCUUUUCAAUUCAUUCACAUGAGAACUACUACUUUACUACUACUCAAUACACCUCACAAUGGGCUCCCACGCCGAAGCUCCUCUCCCACCAACUCCCCAACCAUGGGUUCAGACCCCCCUCUACCGCUCAACACCCCUUUCACGAUACGCAGGAUGGUAAGUUCAUUUUCCCGCCAAAAAAAACCCCCACUGAAGAAACUAACAAAACAACCUAUAGUAACAUCUUCCUCAAACUCGAGACCCUCCAACCAUCGGGCUCCUUCAAAUCCCGCGGAAUAGGCAACCUCAUGUCCCGCGCAAUCGCAGUCCAUCCCCCAAAUGCCCCAGUCCACUUCUACUGCUCCUCGGGCGGCAACGCAGGACUGGCCUGUGCCACCGCCGCACUCUCCCUCCAUCGACCUGCUACGAUCGUCGUUCCGACCUCUACGUCCCAAUUCAUGAUCACGAAGCUACGAAGCAUGGGCGCGGAAGUUAAACAAAUCGGUGCGCAUUGGGUAGAAGCCGACGCCUUCCUACGCGAGGAAUUGCUCGUGAAGGAUCUGAAUGGUGUCUAUGUUCCUCCUUUUGAUCAUCCUGAUGUUUGGGCGGGAAAUGCGACGGUGAUGGAUGAGAUUGAGGAGCAGAUGCAUGCGUAUGGGGGAUACGAUGCGGUUGUUUGUAGUGUUGGUGGCGGAGGUUUGUUUGCUGGUAUUAUGGCUGGAUUGGAGAAUUAUGGCAGAUUAUCUCGUUCUUCUGAACCGCCUAAGGUGUUGGCUGUUGAGACGGAGGGUGCUGCUAGUUUUGCACAUAGUCUCAGAGAGGGACAGCUGAGUCGGCUGGGGGCUAUCAAUACGAUUGCUACCUCGCUUGGUGCGACACAAGUUGCGUCUCGGGCUUAUGAGUUUGCUAUCUCGUACCCAGAGACGGUCAAGUCUGUCGUUUUCUCAGAUGCGGAAGCUGCGAUCGCAAGUGUUUGCUUCGGAGAUGACGAGCGGGUUAUCGUUGAGGCUGCUUGUGGAGUCAGCAUCGCAGCGGCCUACAAUGGCACGAUUCGAAAGGUCGUAGGUCAGGGACUGACCAACGAGGAAUACGAAAAGAAGAACGUGGUCAUCGUAGUCUGUGGUGGAAGCAAUGUUACUCUGGGUGUACUGGAGAACUACAUAGAGACGUAUGGAAAUGACGAGAAGGUGUUGAAGGGGUUUGGAAAGAGGUGGCGGGGUGAUCUUUGAGAGUUGGGCGGGUAAUUGAUAUUUUUCUUCUUGAACAUGGUAUUAGGGUAGAUGGCGUUCAUCUUUGAUAGAGUCAAAUAGACCCAUUCUUUCACUUGUGUAAAA